UUGCCAUUUCCCACUUUUGGCGCGGUUGCGCUGCCCCUGGGGAUGUUUAACCCUAAUAGGCUCCGCCUCCGAGCCAUCACCGGUAAACAUGGCUUGCUUUCACUCGCAGCACUAAAGCUUCGAUGUAAUGCUUGGAUAGAUAAUUCUAUCAUCCCAUUCAGUACGAGGGCAUCAUCUGGAGAUGAUGACUUCUCAGAAUUGGGAUCCCCAGUGUCUAAAGCUGCAACUAGUCUUCUAAAGUUGAUGACGGAGAAGCCUGAGCCUUAUAGUAAGAAAGCUAAUUGUAGGAAAAAACGGUUUGGAGUGCCGUUAGAAAGCAGCAACAGCUUGAAAGAGACUGUAGGAGCAAGCAAGAGACCAGUUUUGUCUGAUGCGGUUUCUGAAAACUGCUUUGAUCCUACAAUUCAUCCACUAGGUGAUAAAGGGGCAGUUAACAUUAGGAUUACAAACAUCAACUUAGAAACCACUGAUUCCGCAAUACACUCCAUGUGUACGUCCUGUGGUAGCUUGGAGGGGCUUGUGAGAACAAAAGAGGAUGCGGUGGACGCCUUCUUUCGCAUCAAAGACAAUGCUGACAUAGACAGCAUACUUGCAAAGUUGAAUGAUACAGUUCUGAAUGACCAUAAAUGGUCUGCUAAUUUACAUCAAAGAGAUUCCAUUCCUGCUGUGACGAGCAAGCAAAGUAAUGCAAGCUUGAAUGUGGGAUUGCAUAUAAGCCAUCAGUUGGCUGAAGUGAGACGGCAAGUCUCCAUGAAGACCGUGUGCGUAGAAGAUUUGGAGUAUCUGCAUCAUGCCUUGUUGCACCUUGAGGCUCAUCCUGACAGCAUGACUAGUAUCUCCAAGGAUGACUGAGCUUGGAAACCAUGUGAUUGCCAAUGUUUCAUAUAGUACCAAGAGAACUGUGAAAGGGACCAAAAGAUUUUGGAUGCUGAUUUUUUAUUUGUUCAAAUUGAUAUGCAGUGUCUUGAGGUUUUGUAGGAGUUUAGAUUUGUGGAUACCUCUGAAGUAUA